ACCUCCUGUUUCUUCCACAGUGAAAGCCUGUGGGUGUAGUAUCAACAAGAUGGCAGAAUUUUCUGAUGAUCAAAAUCCUUUUAACUGUCCGAUCUGUCUUCAUCUUCUGAAGGAUCCAGUCACUAUAACAUGUGGACACAGUUUCUGUAUGAACUGUAUUAAAGAGUGCUGGGAUCAGGAUGAUCAGAAGGGAGUUUACAGCUGCCCACAAUGCAGGCAGAUAUUCACUCCCAGACCGGUUCUCAACAGAAGCACAGUGCUAGCUGAACUCGUUGGGAAAAUAAAGAGAGAAGAACCACAAGCCGUUGAAGCCACUCCCCAGAAGUCUUCAGCAGGGUCUGGAGAUGUGGAGUGUGAUGUCUGCAUAGAAACCAAACUAAAAGCCAUCAAGUUUUGUCUGGUGUGUGUGGCAUCUUACUGUGAAUCUCACAUCCAAAGUCAUUAUAUAUCUCCUGCAUUUAAGCGACAUAAACUGGUCAAUGCUUCGCCACAUCUGCUGGAGCAGAUCUGCUCUCAACAUGAUAAACCACUAGAGCUGUACUGUUGCCAAGACCAGCAGCUGAUAUGUAUGCAGUGUGCUCUGAUUAACCAUCAGAACCAUAGUAUGGCUUCACCUGCUGCCAAACGACAAGAAAUACAGGGACAGGUCGAAUCAAACCAGCAUAGCCUACAAGAGGAAAUACAUAAUCGAGAAAUGAAAGUACAGGAGGUAAAACAAGCCAUAGACUCUCAUAAGAGUUCUGCACAGGAGGCAGUAAAGCAAACCGAGAAGAUCUUUACAGAGUUGAUCAGCUCCAUGGAGAAAGACCAAGCUAAGAUAACAGAGAACAUCAGAAAUCAAGAGAAAGCAGAAGAAAGAAAGGCUGAGGAGCUUAUACAUAUACUGGAGCAGGAGAUCAUUGAUCUCAGGAGGAGGAACAAGGAACUGGGACAGCUUUCACAGAUAGACAAUGACAUUUGUUUCAUACAGAAUUUCUCUUCUAUUUACAACUAUCAAUGUUCAAACCUGUGCAACAUCCCCGUAAACCAACUUCUGACAUUUGAGGAAAUACCAACAAUUCUCUCUGAACUGAAAAGCCAAUUGAAUGAUUUGCGUGAACAAGACACUGUCAGAAUAUCAGAGAAAGUUCCCACAAUCCAUAUAUUGAAUGACGAGAAGACUACAAAGUAUUUGCCAUCAAAUCCCAAGAUCAGAGAAGAGUUUCUUAUAUAUUCCUCUGAACUGAGCUUGAAUCACCAGUCAGCAUGUGAUCAGCUGUCCGUAAGCAAUAACAGUGUGUCACGGUGUAUUUCUGUAGGCCAAGCAUUCAUGCGUCCCAAUGCAUUUAGUCCGGUGCCAUCAAUGCAUAGAAGACAACAUCGUGCCAAAUCAGCCGGAUUUUUUUGUGAACCUGUAAGGGAUCUCAGGUUUCGGAAGGAGAACAAAACUGCAAUCGUUCCCCGGUUUCGGACACAAUAUAGUUGCUUUCCCGAGCACUCACUUUGCCCCCAUGCAGUAUCCUUUGGGGAGGUGCUAUAUUUAUUCAGGAAAUUGUCUUACAAACCUAUAUAUAAAUCCAGCACAUAUCAACUGUUGUGUAACAACACUCUGUCUGGACGCUGUUAUUUUGAGGUUGAGUAUACAGGUACAGGCUGUUCUGUUGCAUUCUCAUAUGAUCCGUUCAGUCAGGCAGGAGGAAACUUUACAUUUGGAUGUAACAACAGGUCCUGGAUAUUUGACUUUUCACGUGCCUACAUCAACAUGUCACACAACAAUAUCAGCACUAACAUUCCCAUAGUCUUCUCAAAAAUCGGAGUGUAUCUGGACCACAGUGCAGGAACCCUAUCUUUCUAUAGUGUUUCUGACCAAAUGACCCUCCUACACAGAGCCCAAACCACAUUCACUGAGCCUUUAUAUCCUGGGUUUUCUUUCCAGAAAUGGGAAAAUAGCUCUGUGAACAUUUGUGAUUUGUCAUUCACAUCAAAAUAAGUAAAUAAAAUGAACCGCUGGUAAUGAUUACGUACGUUUUUAGUAAUACAAAGUAACCAUCAUAAAAGUAAAUGCAUGUACACUGACAUUUAAAUGUAAUUUUUCUUUGUUUGUUUCCUAAUACAAAACACAAAUGUACUUUAAAUAACACAAACACUUUUUCUGUAGAAUGUACAAUACUCUGCUGCAACACAAUUACAUUUUAGGGUUUAAUGUUUAUAUUAGACGUAGGAACAACUAGACUUAUGGGUAAGAAAAGAUUUCUGUUUUUGUGUCAUCAAGGGUAUGUUGACUUUAAGAUUAAUCAUUCAUUUUACAUUCAAAUCAUGACUAAAGGCUAAAUUUAAAAGGUGUACAGUAUUUGCAUGGCUUGCCUGUUAAACAUUUUGUGUGUUUUUAUGUGUAUUGGAUGCAAAUGUAAUGCAAAUUAAAAUAUUUCUACUACUA